UAUAUUGAACAAUUCGGCCGAACUGGAAACCAAAAUACAGGGCUGCGAAACAGGAACUGCACUUGUGCUUUUAAGGGGAAAUCUUCGGCGGAUUUUGGCUCGACUCUUAUGCUGCUCAUGUCAAAGGCUAUAACGGGUCGUUGAUAGAUUUUCACUCGCUUGUGGGCCACCUAUAAACCAAUAACACCCUGUAUCGAUUUCCUGUUAAAGAGGAUGCUUCGGCCCGGCGUUGUUAUAAAAUCAUUGGCUUUGAAAGCAGAACAACGGCUUCUGUGGCACGUGUGCUGUACACCUGGGAUCCUGAUCCGCGCAUGCUUGUGGGUAUCUUCUGAUUAAACUCUCUCAGACACCUUACAGGUGUUUUGGAAUCUUCUGGACGCAAAUUCGCCUAUAGACUGAUAUGAAAGAAAUAUCUGGAAGGUCUAAUACCUUACCUUUUACUAAAAACAGUGAACGAAUUGGUUUCAUGUACUAGAUUAAAGUAUCCUGACAGGAAGUUAAAACUGGACCUUACCCCAUCAGUUUAGAACAUCUUUAUGGAUCUUAAAGACGUUUUGUUGUCAACCUUCAAGGGGAGGAUUUGGGUGCUGAAUACUCUUGUCACAAUGGCAAUGGCGGCAGGAAACUCCACAAAAACACCAAAGGACAAUUCCCAAUUCCUGACGGACGAGAUGGUAACUGGUCUGUGUAUGGGAUUCGGCUUCAUCGUUGGGCUCAUCACAUUCAUCUGUAUCAUCUGGUGUUUGUGUUGUGGAUCAGGCUGUCGAAAGUCGAAUGAGAAAAAGGGUCGAGUCGGUCCGUCCCCUUCCCCGGGACGGACUGCCCCCAGCACAAGAUCGACAACUGCGAAUACAUAUUCAACAGGAGGACGUUCUCAGUCAAGAAGAAGCUAAUCAUUGUUAAACCGGAAGUUUCAAAACCGGAUGUUUAAAAUGCGCAGGUGCUACAGAUUGUUAGGAAUGAGUUCGUUACAAGGUGAUGUCUUUUAAGAAAACAACAGAAUGGUUUUAUAUUUAGAUUGAAUAUUGUGGACUAAAGUGUUACAGUGCUGUUAAGGUGAUUGCGCCAGCGAUACCCAGUCAGUGGUAUACCGAGAGGACGACGUGCAAAGAAACGUUGGAGAUUGGGAUAUUACUAUUCACCAAUAUACAUGUUAUUAUAUUUUCUAUCGUUAGACGAUUGCAAUACUUGUCCAAACAUUUCUACAAAAACACCGACACAUGUGUUAUAACUUGUAUCACCAUUGAAGUCCAGACAACAUUGUAUAGGUUGGUUGACCUGAAGGGUUACUCUGAUAGUUUCUAUUGCUCUUUUUCAGUGUAGCAGUAAUCCUUUACUAAUGCUUGAUUAGAAUGGGAAAAGACUAUACCAUUGUAAAUAGUGUAUAUAAGGUCACCAUGAAUAGACCAUUUCACAUAAAGUACAAUAUACUAAAGUGUACGGCAUAUUUCUGUCUCAUAUAACAUACAGUAUAACUCAGUGGAAGUGAUCUGUAUUAGACCGUAAAGGAGUAGGAACACGCAUGCGCAAAAAGAACGUAAAGAGUGUCGCAAGAUUGUUAAGUCUACAUGUUACUAUCUCGUCAAAGCCGGCACACCUACUGUUAGUAGGUAUGUUAAAGACAACUCAUAAAUGUCUUUGUUAAAUGUAACAAUAUGUUCGUCUUUCAUUGCAUGAUUAAGGUACAGCUCUGCCCCUCACAUAGCAUUCGUUAUGAUCAGCACAACAAGUAGAUGCCAAAGUUCAUCUUUUUUUCUACCUACAUGUACCUCAAGCCGACCUAAUAUGAAACUGUAUCAUCCAUAUCUAUACGUUUACAUCCUAAGAUGAAACAUCCCUGAGUAGUCUUAGCUUAGUCAGAAUCAAAAUUGUUACCACUCUGUAAUCAAAAUUAGAACAGAAGUCGUUAUAUAGACUAGUAAUUACAUUGUGCUUUUUAUAAGAGGUUCGCCAUCAUCAUGAUAUCUAUGUUGUGUUUCAGUUAUAAAUACUGUUAUAUAAUGGUUAUAAAGGGCUAUAUAAAGUAGAUAUAGUAUAGGGUAUGUGUUGAAUAAUAUGUAUAGUAUAAAUUAUAUCUUGGUUAAACAUGUUAUAAAACAGAUUUUAUAGGUACCAUAGAUGUAGAAUAAUUAUGAGUUACAUAUUUGUAAUUAUACAUAUAUGAUAAAGGUAUUUCAGGUAAAUUAUCUGUAUUUAAAGUAUAUAUAUAUAUAUAAAUAUAUAUAAAUAAGUAUUAUUGAUAAUAAAAAAGUACGAUAACAAAGGUAACUAGUAUUACCUAUUAUAUAUGUUUUUAUUAUAAAGGCUAGUCCUAUGUUAUGUAUGGAGAUCUACGUUUAAUAUACAGGCUUAUUUGAAAUGUUAUAUGCGUUACUAGUUUAUAUAUGUUUUAUAGAUUAUUCAAUUUUAUGUUUAUUAAAUAUUUCAGCUUUACCUGUUAGAUUUAAGUUGUGUUUGGUAUCUAAAGUAUUUGAUAGUUGCUGUAUAUAUGAUAUAUAGAAAUAUGAAUCAGACAUUUCCUAGAUAAAAGUCAUUACCCUUAUACUAUCAUUACAAACGCAAGUAGUGCAAAUGUGGCAAAUGCUGUUUUGUUUUGGGGCUUUUAUUGUGUUGUAUUAACAUUUUGUUUUAUGUUCCUGGACCUCCUGUUAUUUUCCCUCGUUUUGGCUUAUUCCAAACUCAGAAUUUUGAAAGUUGUUCUUCUUCAAUUAGAUGCUUUGUCCCAUCGGUUUAUAGAGAAUCUAUACAAGUUUCCAAUGACACCUUGUCUCUAUACCACGUAGUAUAAAAGUUACAGGUACAAAUGUAUGUAAACUAUAUAGGAUAUAUUAUAUACAAUGUCUGUAGCAACUGAUGUGUCGUAAAAAUCACGAGAUAUAUAUCAUAAAUAUGAAUGUCCUGUCAUAAACACGCAUUCGUUUGUAUAAUUAUUUCUCCGGGGGAAUUAAGACAUGUUUUGAAUACAGAGCGAUCCCUGAUCAUUUAUCAACAGCCAAUUGAUUUCUUCUCGUGUAAUUGAGUCGAGUCGCUAAACAGAUAUGACAGGGACCCGGAUGUUAGCCUAGAGCGUUCAUAUAAGGUCAGUAUGUCGGUAGAAAUUAUCAAUAAACAAUGGAGCGUGAUAGUUCAUAUGGGUUCGUGAAGAAUUAUUGUUACUGAUGGUAUAUAUAUAAUGUUAUUGUUCUAAGAUUCCCACUGUAAUAUUUAAUGAUGUGGGUUAUGGACACCGAGGAUAUUUCAGAUAGUGUUCGGUUUGUUAAUUUGAGUUCAUUCGUGAGGUUAACAUCAUUAAUUUUGUUAUCUUUCGACGCAACAACGUGUACUGAUACUUACAUUGUACGUAAUGACUUGUGAUAAUGAUAUUAUCAUUGACGAAUGUUCGGGAAAUCAAGGGGACUAAACAAUUCCAUCUGGUUACUUAAUUGUUAAAUGAUUUCUCCAGAUAUAUUAAAAGAAUAAAACUUUCUAAAACGAGUUGCAUUCUCUCCUUGAUUGAUCGGACGCCAAUAACACUCAGAUCCACAUAGAUCUCGUGAUAGUGGAUAGAUUGGUUAUGAAUAGAUAACAAAAUCGUCCGUAUCAAUUAUUUUCCGAGGAUGAAUUAUAUUACAUCCAAAUAUAGAUCUGUAGAUAUAUUGUAGAUUCCUACACUACAUAUAUAACAUAAGGACAGCUAUUGUCAAUCAACGAUUUGUGCAUUUAGAUCCAAACAUGAAAAUAAACGAUGUACUAAAACAUGUA